AUGAAGCAGACAGGUCUAAAAUUGGUGUUGGACUCUUCUGAAGGGGAUUUUUUGGUCACGUUGCUAAUUUCACUCACCAAGCUCGCUUCCAAAUCAACCAUUUUCUAUGCCAUACACUUCAUUUUCAUAAAAAGACCAUGCCAUUUUCCUGUAAAUGCAGAUCUAAUCAAAGCAUUAUUGAGCACUCUAAAUGAUCCCGAAGUUCCGACAUUCAUUCAACAUGAAGCUCUAAAGAUUUUACAUAAGAUCCUUUCAUAUAUGCCAUCUCAUUUGCCCAGUUUGGACAUGCCUGAAAUCACAAAACUGUUAACCAUUGCUGAAGAUUCCUCCCAAUCUCCAAUUAUGUCGAAGAACUUUUUAUUUAUCCAGGUUCUGGUAGAUAUGUCAAUCAAGCUUAGGGGAAUAAGGGAAAUGGAAUCUGGUUUGUUUGGUUCCUUUCCUUUGCCAUUGAGGGUUAUAUUAUUGAUCAUAGAUCAGAUUACAUUGCUGGUAAAGCGAUUAUUGGAUCUUUGCCAGAUUGACUCCCCAGUGUUUCAAGGAGUUCAUAGUCUGCUCAACCUUCUUGUUCUUUUGGUUGGAGAAUAUACAGAUCUGGGUGUUCUGGUGCUGGAUAAAAUAUCUUUAUUUAUUGAAUAUGUUGCAAAUGUGCAUGACCACUUCAUGGCUACAAGGCAAUCAGAUAUUCUAUUUCACGAGAUGGACUUCAAAAGAUAAAAGAGAACAAUCAUUAGGUCAAAGCUUUUACAUAUCGUAUACUGGUUUGUAGUUGCCUGUCUUCAAAAUCUCAAAGAAGCUCGUGCUCUCACUGUCAUAGUGUUUGAACAAGUGAAGCUUCUGGUUGAAGGUGUGUGUAAGUGCAGCUCAUUUGAUUGCUAUUCAUGUACAAUCUACUCUCUGUUACUCCACCAUCGAAUCUUUUGGUGUUGCUUGGUGAAAGGAAGUGAGGAAUCUUGCAGUCAUAAUAGAGACUCUAUUAAUGGUUACUUGAUUGAGAAAGAGACUAUUACCCUAGACUCUGCAAGUAAGAUGUUGAAAGAUGGGUAUUACUGGCCUGCUUACAAAGCUGGGUCAUAUGCAGCAUGCCAGGGAGACUGGUUCACAGCUGCUUUCAUAUUUCAGCAUUUAAUAACAAAAGUUCAGUCUGAUAUUUGCUACUGCUGGUUAACAUCAAUAUUUCAAUUAGCUAAUUCUGAGAGGAAACUCCAUCUACUGGUUUUACCAAUACAGGGGUCUACUUUAUAGAUUGGUUAAAGAAGAAUAAAUUUCCAGCCAGUUUUGAUUUAAGUGAAGUCAGAAGAGAUACUGCUGGAAAUAAUAAGGAGCCUAAUUACUGUGAGGAGUUUGUUGGGGCUUAUGAGGGCAUCUGCUCUUCUGGUAAAACAUUAGAAGCUGCUGUCAGGUCAGGUCAUAAACAGAGUAUGAAGUUCGAAAAAGGGAAGAUAAAAUGAGAGAGAGAGAGAGAGAGAGAGAGAGAGAGAGAGAGAGAGAGAGAGAGAGAGAGAGAGAACUCUUCAUAAGGAAAAGUGAAAAUUAUUGUAUUUGUACUGGGUUGUCACAUUUGUAAUAUUUUUGGUUUGAUUUGGAUAAAUUAUAUGUAAAUAGCAUGUUGUAAGAAGUAGAUGAUUUUUGAAUGGAUCAACU